AUGGCCUCCUUCAACGACGAAACCGCCAACAAGUUGCGUACCCAGGUAGAAUUUUACUUCAGUGAUAGUAAUCUACCGAGAGACGACUUCCUCAACAAGGAAGUCAGAAAGAGCAAAGAUGGGCUGGUAAGUCUGGCUCUGGUUUGUUCCUUCUCCCGUAUGAGAAAUCUGCUCGGCCUUGGUAACAUGAGACGCGAAGACAUCCCUGCGAGAAUAGUCGAGGGCGUUGCUAAUGUCUUGCGGACUUGUCAUUUUCUUAAAGUUUCCGACGAUGGGCAAAGGAUCGGUAGAGCAACAAAACUCUCAAAGCCGAAAGAGGUGCUUGAACAAGUCCACAGAAGAACCAUUGCGGCAUCGCCUUUUGAGUACAGCACGAAGAUGGAGGAUGUGUCAUCUUUCUUCUCCCAAUACGCCAAGGUCAACAGUGUGAGGCUUCCUCACCACAUAGGGGAUAAGCGUCUUUUUUCUGGCACUGCUUUGGUUGAAUUCUCCUCUGAACAAGACACUCUAGAUGUUUUGAGCCGGAGCUUGGUCUAUGCCGGCGCUCAUUUAGUAUUAACACCAAAGAGUGAUUUUGACUGUCAAAGAGCGGAUAUGAUCAAGAAACUCGGAAACUCAGCUUCCCACAAGGAAUUCCACAGAGGCCAGCUUCUCAAAUUUACACUGAAAAAAUUAGUCAGUGGAGAAAACGUUAUAAAGAAAGAUAACUCGUGUGGUAGCUUGAGGCAGGAGAGCGGAGAGAAGGUCGACAACGACGCUGAUCAACCCCCAUGGAAUAACAGUGAUUCUGAGGUUUUCAAGGAUGUUUUUCAUAGAUUUGGCAGCGUUAAGCACAUAGAAUACUCUGGUGGAUUGGAUUACGGCUACGUAUGUUUCAUAGAUUCAGACACAGCAACGAAAGCCCGUGCGGCGGUGGAGUUUGUUGGAGGUUUAGUUGUGAAGAAAACAUUCUCAGUAGCAUUAGAAGCAGUGAAUGGGGAGAUGGAGAUACAAGUUUGGAAAAGACUCUCAUCAUUAUCAGCGGAGCAGUAA